AUGAUCGGAUGGGGGGACGUGUAUAAGGUGGCGGCGGCCAUGGCGCCGCUCUACUUCGCCCUGGCGCUCGGCUACGGCUCGGUGCGGUGGUGGAAGGUCUUCACGCGCGAUCAGUGCGGCGCCAUCAACCGCCUCGUGAUCUACUUCGCGUUCCCCUUCUUCGGCUUCGACCUCACCGCCCGCGCCGGCUCCUUCGCCGCGAGCUACCGCGUCCUGGCCGCCGACGUCGCCUGCAAGGCCCUCGUCGUGCUGGCACUCGCCGGCUGGGCGACCGCGUGCCGCUGGGCGUCCAAGAAGGGCGGCGGAGAAGGCGGAGGCGGGUCGUCGCGCUCCUACUACUCGUGGUGCAUCACCGGCUUCUCGCUCGCCGCGCUCAACAACGCGCUCCUCAUGGGCAUCCCGCUGCUGGACGCCAUGUACGGCGCAUGGGCGCACGACAUCGCCGUCCAGAUGUCCAUGAUGCAGAUCGUCGUGUGGUUCCCGCUGAUGCUGGUCGUGUUCGAGGUCAGGCAGGCCUGGCUGGAGACGCCACUCCCGGCCGUGGUGGCGCCGACCGACCGCGACGACGGCGUCGCGCUCGAUGAGGAGGCGGACGGCCACGCCGCAGCCGCAGAUCCUCUGGGUAGCGACGGCGACGAGUCAGGAGACGGCCGGAAGACGGCGAUGGAAGCAGGGUGGUGGCCGUUCUGGGCGCCGCUGGUGAGGAAUGUCGCGCUCAAGCUCGCCUACAACCCGAAUGUCUACGCCAGCCUUCUUGGGGUGGCGUGGUCUUCGAUUGCAAACAGGUGGCAUUUGGAGCUUCCGAGCAUCGUCGAGGGCUCGGUGACGAUCAUGUCGAAGACCGGGAUUGGGCUGGGCAUGUUUAGCAUGGGUCUGUUCAUCGCGCUGCAGGACAAGUUCAUCAUCUGCGGCCCAGGCUUGACGGCGCUCAGCUUGGGGCUGAGGUUCGUCGCCGGACCGGCGGCCGCCGCCGCCGCAGCCGCCGCCCUGGGGCUCCGCGGCGACCUUCUGCGCUUCGCGAUCGUGCAGGCGGCGCUGCCCCACUCUGUCGCGACAUUUAAUUUCGCGAGGGAGUAUGACCUGCAUGCUGACGUUCUCAGCACUGCGAUUAUAGUCGGGACGCUGGCGUCGCUGCCUGUGCUAAUCGCGUAUUAUCUUGUUCUUGGCCUCAUAAGAUAG